AUGUCCACCAACCUGUUCGCCCUCGUCCUCGCCGCAACGGCAGCCUCCACAGCGAGCAUCCCUCGCCGAGCCUCAGAGCCUCCCUCGCUAGCAGACUGGAGCGUCACCAACUUCAACCACGGGUGCUCCCCGGGCGGCUGCAUCGCCGCGUACAACCUCAGCGCGCCCGCGGACUACGUGCCCGGGGCGCCCGGCUUCGCGGUGUUCUGCACGCCCGUCUACAUCCAGAACGGCUGGAGGGAGUGCGAGCCGGCGUCGGCGGUCGCGGACGGCCCCGCGGGCUCGCGCGUCGAGGCGAUCUGGGAGACGGGCGAGGACCAGGCGCUGAUCUACGUCAAGGCGGCGCACAUCUGGUACGAGGGCCAGACGCGCUACAAUGCCACGGCGGAUACGGCGAUCGAGCCGGCCACGACGGCGUUUGUGCUGCCGGUGCAUAGCUUGAGUGCCGUGUUGUGA